CCAUCUUAUUUUCAUUUUUACAAUUUCCCCUUGUUUUGUCAAGUGAAUUGCCAUUUUCUUGGCAUUUCUCUCUAUCCUCCCUCAGAUUUUUCUCUUUAUAUAAAGACCACCCACUCGUCCAGAUUUCUAAGCUUCACCAUUCAGUGAGUAUAGUGUGAAACUAUAGGAAAAUUAACCGUGAUGCAAUACUCCAAAGCCUUGUCUGACCCUCCCCUCAAAGAAAGGUAUGGAGCUUUCCUCUCCAACUCCUCCAACCUUCAAUGCUCAGAAGUCAUGGAGGAGUGUGAGCUCCCACUGAUCGACAUAAGCACGUUGAGGAUGACGGAUGAUGAAGAAGAGAGGCGGCCUUGUGCUUCGGCCAUUGCAAAGGCAGCAACUGAAUGGGGCUUCUUCAUUGUGAUAAACCAUGGGAUCAGAUCUGAACUACUCAAGGAGAUGAGGAAGGAGCAGCAGAGAUUGUUCGCCAAGCCAUUUGAAGAAAAGAGCUCCAAAAUCCUAAAAGGAACCUAUAGUUGGGGAAACCCCAUGGCAAAAUCUCUCACUCAACUCCCAUGGUCGGAGAACUUCCUUGUACCUCUCAAAAUGAUUAUUGAAGACCAAGAAUGGUGCAGCUUGGAGUUCAGUUCUCUUAGGGAGACAAUGGAAAAGCUGGGAAGUGCAAUGACAGACCUUGCUCACGUGCUUGCAAGAGUUCUAGCUGAGAACUUGGGGUUUCCAGGGGAUUUUAUUGCCGAAAAAUGCAGUAUGAGCACAAACUAUUUCCGCCUGAACCAUUAUCCUCCGUGCCCUCAUUCACUGGGCACCUUUGGCCUAUUGCCUCACACAGACAGUGACUUCCUCACCAUCCUCAGUCAAGAUCAGGUUGGAGGCCUCCAAUUGAGGAAGGAUUCUAGUUGGUAUGCUGUGAAACCUAACCAAGAUGCUCUUAUAGUCAACAUUGGUGAUCUCUUUCAGGCAUGGAGCAAUGAUUUCUACAAGAGUGUAGAGCACAAGGUAAUGAGCAAUUCUGAGGCAGAUAGAUACUCAGUUGCCUAUUUCCUUUGCCCAUCAAUGGAUUCCAUAAUAGGGAGCUACAGUGAGCCUUCCCACUACAAGCAGUUCACUUUUGGUGACUUCAAGAAACAAGUGGAGGAGGACAAAAGAAGAACUGGAAAUAAAGUGGGUCUUCCAAUGUUCCGCUUAUAG